AUGAGAGACACUGCCGUGGCCCGGAAACAGAGAGGCGGCUAUGGCAAGCAUAACAUGAGGCAGUAUCCCGUCUUUAUAAGCCAGCCUGACGGUGUUGAGGCUGCAAAGGAUGCGCCGGACUCAAAUGAAGUACAGCGCCUUCGCCAAUCUAUAGAUCUCUACGUCCCGUUUUCCUUCCAGGAUCCGAGCUUGCCCAAACAGUUUUCUCUGCUUCUAAAUCUCAUGCCGCUGACCGGCCUUCGUCUUGGUGUCGGGACCCUCUCCCACUAUCUCUACGAGCCAACCCAGCCCAAAGAUGCCAUCGUAUCAGCACAGGCCUCGAGUCAGAGGCUCCUAUCGUUCAUCCCAAGUCGGUAUGGACACGUCCGGCUGCUUCGCCACGCAACAGAUUGUGUCAUUGCAAAGCUUCAGUAUCUUUCGCAACCGGAAGAAAAUAGAUCGCCCAAGGGAGAUUUAAAAGCGCUGAUGCACUAUCAAAAAGCACUUAAAACGCUUCAAGAGGCAUUAUUAGACGAGCGCGAGUGGGCGAAGCCAGAAACUCUUUGCGCAACACAGCUUCUAGGGAUUUUUGAGGCCUUGAAUGGAAAUGAGAAAGAUUCUUGGAUGCAACACGUCGGGGGCGCGGCUAGACUUGUGGAAGCUCGAGGGGCUCACAUGUUUAAGUCGGAAUUUGAGAAAGCCCUGUUCUUGUCACACAUUGGCCCAACGGUCAUGUCAGCAUUUCUAAGCAAUACAACCUGCUUUCUGGAACAGUCACAGUGGCAGGCCGUUAUUCGAGAGGCGGUCAACGAAGACGCAACUCUUUCAAAUGAUAAGGAAUUUGUCCUCGCACUAUGGGGCGGCCUUAUUGAGCUACCAAGGCUCUUCAAAGAUACAACUGCACUUCUGAUGGCGUCUUGCCCGCCUCCACAGAAGAUUAUCGACGAACUCAUAGAGCGCUUGUUGGCAAAACGGAAAAAUCUCAUGAUAUGGCUGACUAUGAUAAGGAAGAAUCCCAUAGUCAAAAACGGAGGACUAGUAGAUGAUGACAAUGGCGUUCUCAUUUUUUCUACAGACUUUGAUUAUAAGGCUCUGGGACCCUGGUGUCUAACACGCAUGGCGUUGCGAGGAACAUACGCCGUGUGCCGAAUGGUCAAGUCGCGGCUUUUGUACGCUACAUCUCCUGAAAAGUUUCAGUCUAUGGAAGCGGAAGCGCAAGAUAUAGCACGUCGCGUUCUGAGUUUGCAGGACGACAUGGCAGCCGCCAAACAGUCUACUUUGGUAUGGAAUCAGUUUAUGGCGCAGGGAAGCUGGAUUGCGAAGGGGAUUGUUGAAACAAGAGAGUUAUGGGGAGAGACCCGGGACACGAAUGAAGGAAUGCUUGAAAAAUGGAAAUUUGAGAAGUGGAAUCAGGUUAUAGGAAGGAAAAUCUCUUAG